CUCGCCUUCGCGAUCUAAAUGCUUGGUCGACUUCACUGUGCCGUGAUGUUUCGCUGAGGACGGAGGUGUGAUCCGCGAGUGCUUGCCGUAUUAUUUCUGAUAUUUUCGUUUCCGUGUUUUAUAACCGUUACCCCGUGGGCUCCUUCCAGCAGCUGGGGAGCACUUUCAGUGCUGUCAUUGUUGCUUUGUUGUGCGCUCCCAAGACUCGGGGACUCCACGUUUUGCAGUUUUUUCGUUGUUUCUUUUCGUUCCGCUAUUUGCGGUCGAGCUCGCACUUGGACAUUUUUAAUUGAAUUUGUGUGAAAAUAGAAACGGGGAACGAUAGUCAGUUGUGCAGUGCAUUUUUCAGUGCUCAGUGGGAAAACGAAGAGUUCAGCCAACCACUGCCGAAGGGGAGGAGUGUACGUCAGUCAAAUUACUUCCGUGGUUGGCGAGUUAAUAUACCGCCAUGGCAGAAGCCCAUCAAGCCGUUGCUUUCUCGUUUUCAAUUACACACGAGGGAUGGGAUAUCAAUUACGAUCAGGAGGUCUUGAAUCUUAUCUGGACAUCUGGCGUGCGGUCAUGGAAAAAACGGAUAGCAAGAUUUAGGAAUUCAAUUCGAGAUGGAGUUUUUCCAGCCCAUCUGCAAAGUCUAUGGCUUGUAAUAGCAAUCGGUCUUGGAUUGCAUUUCACCGGUCACAAAGUACCUUUAGAUUUAGUUAACAAAAUAUUACCACAUCUUCCAGCAAGAACAACUCAAUGGGAAGUUGCAGCCUGCAGUAUCGCUGGCUUGCUUGUGUGGCUUUCAAUAUGUUACACAAUGCGAUAUACUCUAAAAUUAUUAUUAAUGUACAAAGGUUGGAUGUAUGAAUCACGAGCGCCAGGUAGUAGAAUAUCACUAAAAACAAAAAUUUGGAGUAUUUUCGUGAAAAUUUUGUCCAGUUGGAAUACACCUGGACUGUACAGUUUCCAAGGAUCACUGCCACGACUUGUACUGCCCGGUCUGCACGACACUAUGCGUCGUUAUUUGCGAUCAGUUCGUCCAUUGCUUGAUGACGAAAACUAUGCACGCAUGGAAAAUUUAGCAAAAGACUUUGAAAGUACAAUUGGUAAAAAGCUUCAACGGUUCCUUGUCUUGAAGAGUUGGUGGGCGACAAACUAUGUAUCAGAUUGGUGGGAGGAGUAUGUUUACCUGCGAGGUCGCAGUCCUCUUAUGGUCAACAGCAACUUCUAUGGAACAGAUCCUAUUUUCAUGCAUGUGAGCGAUAAUCAAGCUGCACGUGCUGCCAAUAUAACUCACUUGCUGUUGGCAUUCAGGCGACUAAUUGAUAGGCAAGAAUUGCAACCGAUCAUGGUCCAAAACAUGAUUCCCCUCUGCAGUUGGCAAUACGAGAGAACCUUCAAUACUGUUCGUGCACCUGGCCUAGAAACCGAUCGCAUUAUUCACUAUCGAGACUCAAAUCACAUCGUAGUUCUACACAAAGGCUGUUAUUACAAAGUGAUUAUUUACUACCGUGGCCGCCUCUUAAGACCAUGCGAAAUUCAAAUUCAAAUGGAAGAGAUUUUGAAAUCACAAGCAAAACCAUUGGUUGGAGAGCAACACUUAGCGGCUUUAACAGCCUGGAAUCGCACGAAAUGGGCAGAAGUCCGUAAUAAUCAUUUCACACGGGGUCCGAACCGAACGUCAUUGGCUGCAAUUGAAUCGGCAGCAUUUGUCUUGUCGCUAGAUGAAGAGCCAUACGAUUAUGACGAGAAGGAUCACACUAAAUUGGAUCAUUUUGGACGAUCCUUGCUACAUGGAAACGGAUACAAUCGCUGGUUCGAUAAAAGUUUUACAGUUUGUAUUGGAUCUAAUGGUCGAGUUGGUUUUAAUGCGGAACAUACAUGGGGAGACGCGGCAGUGAUGGCUCAUAUAUGGGAAUCGUUUAUGUAUGAAGAAAACACUGACAUGGGAUAUGAAGAAAAUGGAAAUACGAAAGGAAUCCCUGAAUUCACUCCUCCCACGCCAACGAGAUUGAACUGGGAUCUUAAGGGCUGCCUUCCUCAAAUUGAAGAAGCCACCAUCGAUGCUACGAAAUUGUUGAACGAUGUGGAUUUACGCAUAUUCGUUCAUAAUAGCUAUGGUAAAGGAUUCAUGAAGACUUGUCGUGUCUCCCCUGAUGCCUACAUCCAAAUGGCUUUGCAAUUAGCCUACUAUCGUGAUGCCAAACGUUUCUCACUUACUUAUGAAGCAUCAAUGACAAGAUUGUUCCGAGAAGGCCGAACAGAAACAGUUCGUCCUUGUACUAUUGAGUCGACUGCUUGGGUGAAAUCUAUGCACGAUCCGAAUGUUAAGACUGAAGAACGUGUCGCUCUGUUACAAAAAGCAUGCAAACAACAUCAACAGCUUUACCAAGACGCGAUGUCCGGCAAAGGAAUCGAUCGACAUUUGUUCUGCCUCUAUGUUGUGUCCAAGUAUUUGGAAGUAGAUUCACCAUUUUUGAAUGAAGUUCUUAGUGAACCGUGGAGACUGUCAACUAGUCAGACACCUCACGGCCAAACAUCAAAGAUGGACUUGAAGAAGAAUCCGAACUUCAUCAGUCCUGGUGGUGGUUUCGGACCAGUAGCUGAUGAUGGCUACGGUGUAUCAUACAUCGUGGCUGGCGAGAAUUUAAUUUUCUUCCAUGUGUCAUCGAAGAAGAGUUGUCCAACAACGAGUUCCGACAGAUUUGUUAAAAAUGUUGAACAAGCUCUAACUGAUCUUCGGACUCUGUUCGAGGACUAUCAUGCGAUCACGAAGAAAGUAGCCAACGGAACGACCAAGUGAGUGUUCAACGCAAACGUGAUUAGGUUCGAUACUCCUUACAAAUGUGUAUAGCAUGUUCCAGAGAAUGUGUUUUAGCAAAUAAAUUCGUUAGAAAUUUUACAUAACUUAUAAGAGAUGAAAAAGUAAAGCAAUUGAAAUAUUUACAAAGAAGUAAAAAAAAAAUAAGUUCAGUGUCAUUGUACACGUAAUUUAGUGUUAAGUUUUUACUCUGUUGAAGUUUCUGUUUUUAGUGAGAUAUUUGUCGAGGACUUCAAUAAGAAAUUUGUGAUUAUACAUCGAAAA